AUGAGGCAUACCAGAUAUGAUGACUAUCACCAAAGGCGGAAUGAAAGGAGGCCAGAGUCCAGAUCGUUUAAGCCCUAUUAUAAACCCUUUCCCCGCAAUCCAAGCAGAAUAAAAAAACCAUAUGAUCGCCAGUCGACCAGAGCUGAAAAUAGGUCAUUCAGAUCAAACCAAUUCAAGAUUCCAGAGUACAACCUUAACGUCGAACCAGCUCAGGUCGUGGCAAUCAUGAAAGGAACAGGACCUACCGUGAAGUGGCUAACCAAGCUCAAUCCCGACGUGAAGAGGGACAUGACCAAGUGGUGUGAAUUUCACGACGACCAUGGUCAUAAUACCGUUGAUUGCAUCACCCUAAGAUUGGAAGUUGCAGUACUAUUGAAGAGGAGACAUCUCCAGGACCUGUUGAUCGAUAAAAGGAAGAAUAUAGUCGGCCAAAAAAACUCGAAAGAAACAUCUCCCGCUCCAUGGGAACCGACACCAAAGGGGUUUUGCUUCAUUAUCUCGGGAGGGUCAAAAAUUAGUAGGGUGAGUUAUUCCUCAGCCAAAUGCUAUGCCCGAGCCAACAAUCACCUAGAAGUCCGGUCCAUUCAUUCAUCCCCUUGGACGCAUACCAACCAAAUCAUUCAGUUUGAAGAUGACGAGUCAAUUACCUUAGUCAUCCCUCAUCACGAUGCUCUGGUCAUCUCCCUCCAAAUCACCAACAUCCUGGUCAAGAGAGUAUUCGUAGAUAGGAGGUCAUCGGCAAACAUCCUCUUCCUUGAAGUAGUGAAGGCCAUAAGACUAGAUGAAUCAAACAUUAAUAGACGGCCAACCAUCCUAGUCGAGUUCAGUUCUAAGCAGAAGUACACCAUUGGUGAAAUCGUCUUACCUGUCUACGCCAAUGGAAUCAACAAGCAAACCAGUUUCCUAAUACUUGAUUGCCCUUCACCGUACGUCAUAUUGGGUUGA